AUGUUUCAGGGAGAAAAGGUCAGGGUCUCCAAGUUUUCAGGGUCAUCUCUGUGUAUUACUCUACCGGCAAUCUCCGAAGCAAUAGGAAUUGCCGUCUUUGCAUACUGCCAGGAUCGAUGCAAUCGUGCCCGGAGAAAUCCAUAUCCAAUGCAGGUGGACGACAGCACUGCAGAAGUGUUGCCACAACCUGUGAUUGUCGUAACAGGGCUGGAUGAAUCCACAAUUGAAUCAUAUGAGAAGAUUGUGCUUGCCGAGUGCCAGAGAAUACCUGGCCCCAAUCACAGCACUUGCCCUAUAUGUUUGUCUGAAUACCUUAGCAAAGACACUAUCAGGUGCAUACCGGAAUGCAGACACUGCUUCCAUGCAGAAUGCAUUGAUGAAUGGCUAUGGAUGAACUCUAUGUGCCCGAUGAGCCGAAAGUCUCCACUGGAAGAGGAUGCUAGUUCACGUAAUGACCCUGUUUGA